GAACGCAGCAGCAGCCGAGUCGGGCUCCGCGAGGUUAAAAAAAAACUUCAAACCACCUUCAGGCUUCUCCGAGGAAACACGAAGCACGCUCCCCGGCGCACCUCCUGUCACAUUUGACCAAAGUCCGAACAAGAAGCGUUGAAGAUGCCGGCCACAGAGAAGGACCUGGCCGAGGACGCUCCGUGGAAGAAGAUCCAGCAGAACACCUUCACCCGAUGGAUCAACGAGCACCUGAAGUGCGUCAACAAGCGGAUCGGGGACCUGCAGCUGGACCUGGGCGACGGCCUGAGGCUUAUCUCCCUGCUGGAGGUCCUCAGCCACAAGAAGAUGUACAGAAAGUACCACCCGAGGCCCAACUUCAGGCAGAUGAAGCUGGAGAACGUGUCUGUGGCUCUGGAGUUCCUGGACAAGGAGAACAUAAAGCUGGUCUCCAUAGACUCUAAAGCCAUCGUGGAUGGGAACCUGAAGCUGAUCCUGGGUCUGGUCUGGACUCUGAUCCUGCACUACUCCAUCUCCAUGCCAGUCUGGGAGGGCGAGGAUGAAGAGGCGGAGUCAAAGACACCUAAACAACGUCUUCUGGGCUGGAUCCAACACAAAGUGCCUGAUCUGCCAAUCAACAACUUCAGCCAGGACUGGAGGAAUGGCAAGGCACUGGGAGCACUGGUAGACAGCUGUGCACCAGGUCUGUGUCCAGACUGGGAGACCUGGGAUCCAGUGAAACCAGUGGAGAAUGCCACUGAAGCCAUGCAGCUGGCUGAUGACUGGCUGGGCAUCCCGCAGGUGAUAGCUCCAGAGGAGAUCAUUGAUCCCAGUGUGGACGAACAGUCGGUGAUGACCUACUUGUCUCAGUUCCCCAAAGCCAAACUGAAGCCAGGAGCUCCACUCAAACCUAAACUCAACCCCAAGAAGGCCCGCGCAUACGGACCAGGUAUUGAACCUACGGGGAACAGGGUGUUGCGUCCUGCUGUGUUCACAGUGGACACGUUCAGUGCUGGUCAGGGUCAGGUCACCGUCUACCUGGAUCAUCCUGACGGCACCAGAGAGGAGCUGAAGGCGGAGCCUAAUGAUGGCAAGAAGACGUUCAACGUCACCUACAUUCCUCAGGUCAUGGGACAUCACAAGGUGACGGUGUUGUUUGCAGGUCAGCAGAUUCCCAAAAGUCCAUUUGAGGUGGACGUGGACAAGGCGCUUGGUGACGCCUCCAAGGUCACAGUCAAAGGCCCAGGAAUCGAACCUGUGGGCAACAUCGCCAACAAACCCACCUACUUUGAAAUCUACACUGCAGGAGCCGGCACAGGAGAUGUGACGGCCAUGAUCAGAGACCCUCAGGGCCGCCAGAACAGCGUGGAGGUCAUGAUGGAGGAUAAGGGCGAUAGCUUAUAUUGCUGCACCUACCGGCCCACCCAGGCCGGCCCGCACGCAGUUACCGUCACCUUCGGAGGGGUGGGGAUCCCCAAGAGCCCCUUCAAUGUGGACGUGGGUCCUGCAUGCAUGCCAGGGGCGUGCAGGGCAACAGGUCGUGGUCUCCAGCCAUCAGGGAUGAGGGUGAAACAGGUCGGUGACUUCAAGGUGGACACCAGAAACGCCGGCAGUGGAGACCUGAAGGUGCUCGUCAAAGGACCCAAGGGCAUCGAAGAGCCGGUGAAGCAGAUCUCCAGUCAGGACAGUGUGUUCUCCUAUGAGUAUUAUCCCAACAGUCCUGGCAAAUACACAGUCUCCAUCACCUGGGGGGGUCAGCACAUCCCGAAGAGUCCAUUCGAUGUGGCGGUUGGUCGGGAGGCGGGGCCUCAGCAGAUCAGGGCCUGGGGUCCUGGCCUGGAGGGAGGCAUUGUGGGUAAACCUGCCACCUUUGUAGUGGAGUCUGUCGGCACUGAUGUCGGAGUGCUGGGUUUUGCCAUCGAGGGUCCUUCCCAGGCUAAAAUCGAGUGCGAGGACCAGAAUGACGGCUCAUGUGAUGUCCGUUACUGGCCGACAGAGCCCGGAGAAUACGCCGUCCACGUGACCUGUGAUGAGGAGGACAUCGAACACAGCCCCUUCAUGGCCCACAUCAUCCCCGACAACAACGCCACUGACCCAGAAAAGGUCCAGGCUUUCGGGCCGGGACUUGAGAAGACCGGCUGCGUGGUCAGCCAACCUGCUGAGUUCACUGUCAACGCUAAGGAUGCUGGGAAAGGACCUCUGAAUAUCACGGCUCAGGACGCAGACGGACUUCCUGUGGAGGUGAAGGUGAGGAGUAAAGGUGACGGGCUGUACUCCUGCUCCUACACGCCCGCCUCCUCUCUGAAACACACUGUGGCCGUCGCUUGGGGAGGAGUCAGCAUCCCCAACAGCCCCUUCAGGGUGCAUGUGGGUAAAGGCAGCCACCCCAACAAGGUGAAGGUGUUCGGUCCUGGAGUGGAGAGAACCGGACUGAAGGCCAACGAGCCCACACACUUCACCGUGGACUGUUCAGGAGCUGGAGACGGUGAUGUCAGCGUGGGCAUUAAGUGUGAUGCCAAUAUGGUCGGUGACCACGAGGCUGAUGUGGACUUUGACAUCAUCCCUAACGCCAACGACACAUUCACUGUCAAAUACAUGCCGCCUGCUGCUGGAAGACUCACCGUUAAAGUCCUAUUCACUGACAAGGAAGUUCCACAGAGCCCCUUUCACGUCAAAGUCGAUCCUUCCCACGAUGCAUCGAAGGUUAAAGCAGAGGGUCCUGGACUGGCUCGCACUGGUAUAGAGAGCGGUAAGCCGACUCAUUUCACAGUGUCGACUAAAGGGGCAGGUAAAGCACCGCUGGAUGUUUCCUUCUCCUCCCCCGUCAAAGACUUUGACAUCAUCGACAACUACGACUACUCCCACACUGUCAAAUACACACCUGCACAACAGGGGGAGAUGGCGGUCGUGGUGAAGUUUGGAGGAGAUCCCAUCGCCAAGAGCCCCUUCACGGUCGGCGUCGCUGCCCCGCUGGAUCUGAGCAGGGUCACCGUGGACAACCUGGAUGGAAGAGCUGAGGUCGAUCAGGAACAGCAGUUUAUGGUGGACACCAAGGGUGCAGGCGGUCAAGGUCGCCUGGAGGUGGCAGUGCUGAGUCCCAGCCAGCGGGCGGUACCCUAUAAAGUGGAGCCUCAGCCCGGUAAAGCGGGCAUCAGUCUGGUCCGUUACACCCCCACAGAGGAGGGCGUCCAUGCUGUCAACGUGUCCUACGACGGACACCCCAUACCUGGGAGCCCCUUCCCUGUGGAGGCCCAGCUGCCUCCAGACCCGAGCAAGGUGAAGGCGUUCGGUCCCGGUCUGAAGGGAGGUUUGGUUGGAAACCCAGCAGAGUUCACAAUCGACACCAAGGGCGCCGGCACUGGAGGCCUGGGGCUGACGGUGGAGGGGCCGACCGAGGCCAAGAUCGAGUGUUCGGACAACGGCGACGGGACCUGCUCUGUCUCCUACCUGCCCACUGAGCCCGGAGACUACCUGGUUAACAUCCUGUUUGAGGAGGUCCACAUCCCGGGAUCGCCCUUCAAAGCCGACGUCCAGAUGCCCUUUGACCCCACUAAGGUGGUGGCGUCUGGUUCGGGCCUGAAAAGAGCCAAGGUUGGAGAGACCAGUGUGGUGAAUGUAGACUGUUCCCGGGCCGGACCAGGACAACUCAGCCUGGAGGCCGCACUAGACUCCUCCCCGACCAGUCCUACUGGCUCUACACCAGGCUCUGGUGUUAAAGCUAAGACAGAGGUGGUGGACAACAAAGACGGGACCUACACGGUGACCUACGUCCCCCUGACCUCCGGCAUGUACACCCUGCUGCUGAAGUACGGAGGCAAGGCCGUCCCCGGUUUCCCUGCCAAGGUGAUGGUGGAUCCUGCUGUCGACACCUCCAAGGUCAAAGUGUUCGGACCUGGAGUGGAGGGACAAGGUAUUUUCAGAGAAGCCACCACAGAGUUCACUGUGGAUGCCCGUCCUCUGACCCGGCGAGGAGGAGACCACGUGAAGGCGGAGGUCAGGAACCCGUCCGGAGCGGUGACAGACUGUCUGGUCAAUGACAAGGCCAACGGGAUCUACAGCGUCGAGUACACUCCUUUCGAGAACGGCGUCCACAGCAUCCAGGUUCUGUAUGAUGACACACCGGUUCCUAAGAGCCCAUUCAGGGUUUCUGUGUCAGAGGGAUGUGACCCCAGCAGGGUGAUGGCUACUGGCCCCGGGCUCCAACAAGCCCUGACUGACAAGCCCAACAACUUCAACAUCGUCACCAGAGGGGCAGGUAUUGGCGGUCUCGGCAUCACUGUGGAGGGCCCAUCAGAGUCGAAGAUGUCUUGCAAAGACAACAAAGAUGGCAGCUGCAGCGUGGAGUACGUUCCCUUCACCCCCGGCCUCUACGACGUCAACAUCACUUAUGGAGGAGAGCACAUCCCCGGAAGCCCAUUCAAGGUCCCAGUGAAGGACAUGGUGGACUCCAGCAAGGUCAAGGUAUCUGGUCCCGGUGUGGGGUCAGGGGUUAGGGCUAAUACCCCACAAUCCUUCACGGUGGACUGCAGGAAGGCGGGUGUGGCCCCGCUUGCAGUGGCCGUCACCGCCCCUAAAGGCGUCGCAGUGCCUGUGGAGGUGACUGACAACAGGGACGGGACUCACAUGGUGUCCUACACUCCGUCUGUGGAGGGACCGCACUCUGUGGCCGUCAAGUACGCAGAGGAGGACGUCCCCCGCAGUCCCUUCAAGUUUCGGGUUCUGCCCACUCACGAUGCCAGUAAAGUGCGAGCCAGCGGCCCCGGGCUAACCAGUGGCGUCCCCGCCAGCUUCCCUGUCGAGUUCAACAUCGACGCCAAGGACGCCGGCCAGGGUCAACUGAGCGUGCUCAUCACCGACCAGGAUGGUAAACCUAAGCAGCCCAGUAUCCAUGACAACGGUGAUGGGACAUACCGGGUGUCUUAUAUCCCUGACCGUGCGGGCCGGUACACCAUCGUCAUAAAAUACGGCGGUGAUGACAUCCCUGCUUCGCCUUAUAGAGUCCGUGCCACGGCAACUGGAGACGCCAGCAAGUGCACCGUCAUCGGUCCAGGUGUGGGCCCCACGGUGGCCAUCGGCGAGGAACUGGGCCUGGUGGUGAACGCUAAGGGUGCUGGGAAGGGGAAGGUGAGCUGCGUGGUUGUUCAGCCCGACGGCAGCGAGGUGGAGGCCGAGGUGAUGGAGAACGAGGACGGCACCUUCGACAUCUUCUACACCGCGCCUGCCCCCGGGAACUACGUCAUCUACGUCCGCUUUGGAGGGGAAAACAUCCCACGCAGUCCCUUUAAAGUCAUGGCUACUGAUGAGGUACCCAUGAUGCAAGAGCAGAAGUCUCUACAGCAACAGGCCAGCGCCCCUGGAGCUGGCUUCCAGCCCUGGGUGACAUCAGACGGCUACGAGCCACUCAGCAGUAGCGUUAAUGGAAGUGGCUUCAGACCGUUUGACAUGGUGAUACCUUUCUCCUUCAGGAAGGGAGAGAUCACUGGUGAGGUGCUGAUGCCUUCAGGUAAAUCAGCUCAGCCGCUGAUCUCGGACAACCUGGAUGGAACGGUCACAGUGCAGUACUCCCCCACUGAGGCUGGCCUGCAUGAGAUGCACAUCAAAUACAACGGCACACACAUCCCAGAGUCUCCCCUUCAGUUCUAUGUGAACCACGCCAGUAGUCCAAAUGUCACAGCCUAUGGUCCUGGUCUGAGCUACGGAGUCGCCAACAAGACAGCCACAUUCACUGUCUUCACAGACGACGCCUCUGAAGGCGGUCUGGACUUGGCCAUUGAGGGUCCAUCCAAAGCAGAGAUCAGCUGUGUGGACAACAAGGAUGGGACGUGCAGUGUCAGCUACCUGCCCACUCUGCCCGGAGACUACAAUAUUCUGGUCAAAUACAACGACGAUCACAUCGCCGGCAGCCCGUUCACCGCCAGGAUCACCGUGGACAACCAGCGGCGCUCUCAGGUCAAACUGGGUUCAGCGGCAGAUUUCUCUCUGGACAUUAAUGAGACGGACUUGAGCCUGCUGACCGCCAGCAUCAAGGCGCCAUCCGGCCGUGACGAGCCCUGCCUGCUGAAGAGGAUGGCCAACAACCACAUCGGUAUCUCCUUCAUCCCCCGGGAGGUGGGUGAACACCGAGUCAGCAUCCUGAAGAACGGCCGUCACGUCGCCAACAGUCCCAUCACCAUCAUGGUCGUCCAGUCUGAGAUCGGCGACGCCAGCCAAGUCAAAGCUCACGGUGACGGCCUCGUCCAGGGAACCACCUUCAACAACGCCAGCUUUGUGGUCGACACGCGGGAGGCCGGUUAUGGCGGCCUGGCUCUGUCCAUCGAAGGUCCCAGUAAGGUGGACAUCCAGACAGAGGACAUGGAGGAUGGGACUUGUGGAGUCACCUACUGUCCUACUGAACCAGGAAACUACAUCGUCUCAAUCCGCUUUGCCGAGGAACACGUCCCAGGAAGUCCGUUCACAGUGCGGGUGACAGGGGAGGGUCGUAUCCGGGAGAGCAUCACCCGACGACAGAAGGCGGCGUCUGUUGCCAGUGUGGGGAGUGUGUGUGACCUCAGUCUGAAGAUACCAGUGAGCUGGUUCCUCCUGGUCUUGUCUCGACAGCUCCUCUCUCACUCCUCCUCCCGCUCCUACUGCUCCCUGUGGUGGUCUGGAAGAUGCAGCGGUCGUGGGACUCGUUCCUCUGCCAUUGCCCAGAAUCAGAGCCUCUCCCCUGGGCGUGUCCGCCUCAUCUCCGGCCUCUCUGGUCUGGUGCUGGCGGGGGGGGCAAGGGCGGCAAGGGGUGUUUGGUUCGUUGAUGCCCGCUGCUCGGUGGGCGAUACCAGGGUGGAGGCGAUCGACAUGAAGGACGUCACUGCUGAGGUCACUUCCCCCUCUGGAGCCAGGCAGCCUGCCGAGCUGGUCGCCGUGGGUAACGACACCUACUGUGUGCGCUUCGUGCCCACAGAGAUGGGUGUGCACAGCGUGAGUGUGAAGUACAGGGGUAUGCAUGUGCCGGGUAGCCCCUUCCAAUUCACUGUGGGACCGCUGGGAGAGGGCGGGGCCGCCAAGGUGAGAGCAGGAGGUCCGGGACUGGAGGGAGCACAGGCAGGAGAGCCAGCUGACUUCAGUAUCUGGACGAGGGAGGCGGGGGCCGGCGGUCUGUCCAUCGCCAUGGAGGGACCCAGCAGGGCGGAGAUCUCGUUCGACGACCGCAAAGACGGAUCCUGCGGUGUCUCUUACAUCGCUCAGGAGCCUGGUGAUUAUGAGAUUUCGGUGAAGUUUAACGACCAGCACAUACCUGACAGCCCCUACCUUGUUCCUGUUGUUGCUCCAGCGAACGAUGCUCGCCGCCUCACUGUUACCGGCCUUCAGGAAUCUGGUCUGAAGGUGAAUCACCCAGCAUCCUUUGCGGUGCGUCUAAACGGAGCACAGGGCAAGAUGGCGGCUAAAGUCCACAGCCCCUCUGGAGCUCUGGAGGAGUGUGUCGUCACCGAGCUGGAAAGAGACAAGUACGCUGUCCGGUUCAUCCCCAGGGAGAAUGGUGUCCACUCCAUCGAUGUCAAGUUCAAUGGCUCUCACAUCCCAGGAAGUCCUUUCCAGGUCCGAGUCGGGGAACCAGGACAGACCGGAGAGCCCGGUCUGGUCUCAGCGUAUGGAGCUGGACUGGAGAGAGGCACGACAGGUACCCAGUCAGAGUUCAUCAUUAACAACACUAAAGCGGGCCCCGGGGCCUUGGCCGUGACCAUCGAGGGUCCGUCCAAGGUAAAGAUGGACUGCCAGGAGGUUCCAGAGGGCUACAAGGUGCAGUACACUCCCAUGGCACCUGGAAACUACCUGGUCAGCAUCAAAUAUGGAGGACCAAACCACAUCACUGGCAGUCCCUUCAAGGCCAAAGUCACAGGUCCUCGGCUGGUAAAUGUGACCAACGCCAGCGAGACGUCGACCCUGACGGUGGAUCCGGCAGUAAGGGCAUCCAGCAGCAGCUUCACGCAGAGUGCCAUGCCCAGACUGGCCGACUCUGACGCCAGCAAGGUGCUGAGCCGCGGCGCCGGCCUCAGCAAGGCCUUUGUGGGCCAGAAGAGCAGCUUCUUCGUUGACUGCAGCAAGGCCGGUAAGAACAUGCUUCUGGUGGGCGUGCACGGUCCUCAGGUCCCCUGUGAGGAAGUUCUGGUCAAACACUUGGGCAACCUGCAGUACAAUGUAAGCUACCUGCUGAAGGAGCGGGGCAACUACAUCCUGGUGGUCAAGUGGGGCGACGACCACAUCCCAGGCUCCCCCUUCCACGUCACCGUCCCAUGAUGCACCAAGAAACCCGCUGUCACUCUUCCUGCACCAUUUUGCAUCCCUGUUUGAGUGGACACGUUAAUUGCACUGCAAAUAACAGUCCAAUGAACAAGUUGCUUAACAAAGCUUAUGUGUGCUAAUUUUGUUUUCAGAUGUGUUCAGUACAAAUCAGAUGUUUCACGGAUUUUCUGCCCUGACACAAUUGAUUUAAAUGUUUUUCAAACCGCCUUUCAAUAAGAGAAAAAAGUGUCCAAUUUUUAAAACUAAUUUGGUAAAUAUUAUAAUCUGGCCUAAAGCUGGGGCUGUGAAUAAAAUAGAGAUCUCAUCUGUUGAUUCUUGCUGCCCUGAAAUGAUCAAUUGACACAUUUUGCACUUGACCAUAGUUUUUAUACUAGAUUGGUAAAUUAAAGAUCGCUGGUUUUACACAAGAAGACAGUUGGUGAGAAUGUCCCGACACCACAGCUUGGUGUCUCUUCACAUUUCCAAAAUGUUAAAACUAGAUUUGGAAAAGGUCUGGAUCGAGACGAGUGGAGCCACACUUUUCAAUGCUUACAUUUGGAAACAUAACUGGAAUUACACAGCACUUUGCUUCAGGUUACAGUGCCAGGAACAAAAUGAAAAUGACAGACACUGAUUGAUUAUGAACCAGGAAGCCAAAUGACCAGAAUCCUUUUGAAACCUUCGAUUUUCUUCGGUCGGUCAGGUGCCACAGGGAACCAGCCAAUAAUAACCAAAUCUGUGCAGAACUUCAACAAAAUUACGAAGUGCUGUGAACAAAACAAAUGAUUUAACAUCUCAAUUUAAAGAAGAAAACUGGAAUUAUCUGUCUGGUUUAUUGUCAGUAUGAUGUUUCUUUUAAGUGUGGACCGUUUCGACUCGCUCCGACAGGAAGUGUCAAACUGGACACGACUACUGAUGUUUAUUGUUGAUUUCUUGCUCUUGAACUUUAGCUCAGAAUCCCUUGAGUACAUAAUGUUGCCAUAACAAAUCAAUGAAGCUGCCUUCACACUACUGGUUCCUGCACUGUACAACAGACUACUUAAUUAUGUGCUGGAGUUUUGGGUUCAUUGUGUUGUUCCUUCAGCUGCAUUUUCACAUGAACAGAUCUGACUUUUACCUUUGUGGCUCAGUUCUGAUCUGCUUCACAUCUGCCUGAACAGAGUAGAAAUCACAGGGAUGCUGGAUAACCAGAUUCAUAUUGAUAUUAAUCAAAGUCGGUCUAUCAUCUUCAGUAUUUCUCUACCAGCCAUACUCGUUGCAGUGAAAGUACAAUCAAAACACACUGUCAAUCACUGAAAAAAAUCCAAUCUGAGCUGGAAAGUUAGAGGUCAGACUUCUGGUUUGUGUGUAAAUCCUGUAGAAAUCUGGAUGAAUCUGUCUUUGUCUAAAUGUUGUUGCUUUUGAUACUCAAAGGAUGAGAGGAUUUUUGUAUGGGGAAAAAGAACUUCUCAUUUUGUAUUAGGGAAUGGGUGUUUUAAUGUGAAACUAAACCCUGAGAUUAUGUACAUUUGAUAAUUAAAAUCAGCUGGAAUCAAGA